CUAACAUAUCUCCUAUAAAGUCCCGAGGUAUGCUCUAAUGAAUUGACCAAGUCUCUCUUCUUCCCUUCAACUCUAUAUAUAAAUACAUCAACCAUAACACCUUCUCGGAUCUCUCUACCCUUUCAUUACAAUUUACUCUUGAUCAAGAUGAGUGAGAAUGGUGAAGAAGGUCAAGACACCCGUCCUGUUCCCCGUUUGAAUGAAAGGAUUCUUUCAUCUUUGUCAAGGAGAUCAGUGGCUGCACACCCUUGGCAUGAUCUUGAAAUUGGACCUGGAGCUCCCCAUAUUUUCAAUUGUGUUGUGGAGAUAACAAAAGGAAGCAAGGUCAAAUAUGAACUUGACAAAAAGACUGGAUUAAUUAAGGUUGAUCGGAUAUUAUAUUCAUCAGUUGUUUAUCCUCAUAACUAUGGCUUUAUCCCUCGCACACUGUGUGAUGACAAUGAUCCGCUUGAUGUCCUGGUUCUCAUGCAGGAGCCAGUUCUUCCUGGUUGUUUCCUGCGAGCCAGGGCCAUUGGACUCAUGCCUAUGAUUGACCAGGGAGAGAGGGAUGAUAAAAUCAUUGCAGUUUGUGCUGAUGAUCCAGAAUACAAGCAUUUCUCUGACUUCCAAGAACUUGCACCUCAUCGCCUCACUGAAAUCCGACGCUUCUUUGAAGACUACAAAAAGAAUGAGAACAAGGAGGUAGCAGUUAAUGAUUUUCUACCACCAAGUGUUGCUGUUGAAGCCAUUCAGCACUCAAUGGAUCUGUACGCGGAAUAUAUUCUGCACACCUUGAGGCGAUAGGCAGAAAAGCUAUCUCCAAUCUCCAGUAAUCAGAAUAAGCCGCCAUCAACACAGUUUUCAAAUAUCUAUUCAUCGACCCUACCUAUAUUUGUUUUAUUUAUUUAUUUAUUUAGUUGGAUAAUGUACCACUUGUUUGGUUUAUGAAGUGAAAUAAUGACUCUCAACUGUGACAAGUUGCAGAAUACUCAAAAUAUUGAGGCCAAGAAAUGCUAGUAACACCUGUUUUUUA